AUGGACUCCAUGAGAAGUUUGAACACCUCCCUUCCUGGUGCCGGUACCUCACCUGCAAAACAACAGACCGUCGAACCCCCUGGAAACCUUAUUCAAGCCUUCAGAGCAGCUGCUCUCUCCAUCACGACACUCUACAAAACCGCCGCGGACGAUCUGGGAAAGUCUAGAGCAGAAGGCUACCAGGACGCCCUGGACGAUCUUCUUACCUUCUUGGAUAAGCAGGAUAUUGGCCUUAGUGAUGGGGAGGGAUGGAGGAUUCGGCAAUGGGCAACGGAAAGGCUGGACGGACGAGAUUCGGUUUCUCAACACGCAGAAAGUGACGAUGAGGCGGUCGAAAAGGCUGAAGGAGCAUCAUCAUCCCCUGUUCUUCAAAGGUCUCAGAGUGACACUAGAGUGAACACAAAUCCACAACCUACUCGAACAGCAUCUCCCAUGCGGACAGAAUCAUCAGGUCCACCUACAGCAGCUCCAACUCCUGCAGAGGUCCCAGCUCCAAGUAUGCCUCAACAAGGAGCAUUCACAUUUCGAGCUUCACAACAAUACCCACAAGAUGCCGACAUUGUGCUAUCCGACCUCAAUAUAACAGACAACACUCGUUCACAAAGUCACGGUCCCACGCAUUCUUCGAACAAUCCGGGUAUUACGAUCUCACGACCUUCACGAACGGCCUCGAGACACAGUAACCAUUCUGCACGACUCGGUCCCAGGGUUCCAAGUGCCGUAACUAGAACUAUGGCAAAGACGGUUCCGGUGGGGGUGGAAAGCGUGGGAGAUUUGCAUGAAUGGUUGACGGUUUCUGCGAUGAUUAUGAUACCCAAAGCUGCUUGGCCGCUUGGCUAUGUGCAGUAA